CAAGGAGGGCACUGCACCUUUAUCUGCUGUAAAGGUUAUCUUGUCGGACUCUUAGUGUUUCAAAAAUAGUCAUUUUUGGUGGUGUAUCUUGCUGCACAAUGACAAUUGUCUAUAUUGCUUUAUUCUUAGAUAUGUCACACUGUAGUUUUGUCUUCUUCCAUUAUCAGAUUUGAAAACGGGGUUGCUGACAGCCAAAAUAAAACAAGGCAUGUCCUUUCAACUUUUCCACAACUUUUAAUUGAAUUGGGCUGUGUGGUUAAAUGGUCCUUUUAUGGGGUAUUGUAUAGUCAACCUAAACAUGUGAGGAGGGAGAGGAAGAUCCUGUAGUGUUUACUCUUGUCAGGCAGGGAGUCUCCCAUCCUCAGGCAAUGCCCUGGAUUAACACUGACCCAUUAACAUGACAGUGAGGGCCUCUUCUCCCCUCUACCUCCACUCCCACACAAAGACAAACUGUUCUACUCUAGAGUAAGCAUUUACUCUGAGACAGACACUUGAUAUUUUUGGGGUGACUGUAUCAGAUCUGGGUUAGGACUUAGGCCAUCAGUUUGUUCUUCCAGAUGUCUUUAUAGAAUGAGGGUAAAGGGGACUGACCGUCGUCCCUAUGCCACAUGCUAAUACCCAGUAUUUUACCAGCUGGUAUCUGAACCCUGUAGGAACAGAACGGCAUGUAACGUGGGUGUGGAGCCUGAUGCUGAGGUCUCCUCUCUGUAACCAGCCGUUAGGCGAUAAGCCCAGCUGUGAUUACGCUGGCACUUUUCUAUUGUGUCGCUUGUUUCAUUCAGCCCCCAUUUUUAAAAAGCAGGCACCAGGCAGCAGGGCUCAGUGGACCUGGGCGUAGCAGGGCACACUGCCUGAUUCUGUUUGGGUUUUGGUUCUUCUGUCCAGCAAGGUGGUGAUUCAACAGGUCUAUUUCCUUAUUAGAGUCACUGGUUCUUCACUGGUUAUCUGAACCAGUCGGAAAUAGCUCUUCUCUUAGAAAUGUUUACUGUUAUUUUAAACGGGGAUCGAUUUGUGUCUAGGGACUUGCAGUGUUUGGUUUACAUACAUCAACCGCCAACACCUCGCCAUUCUGGAAUGUAAUGGUGGAGUACCUGCCAAUGACGCUUGUUCUUUGACUGCAGGACUAAACCAUCUCCACUGGACGUCUGUAUCAAGUUCCUGUGUUUUCCAACAUGACUGAUAUCAUUCAGAUAGAGAAGUCCAGUAGUUAGUUACCUUGUCUUUCUGCCAUCAAGGUCAUUGCGGUGUUCACUAACAAGAGAGACCACGAUCAGUUGUUUUUCUGUGUUCUUCUCUCCAUGGUCAGCUGACCUAUGACUCCGUUAAUUAAGUGGAGGUCUCUGUCUGGUCACUACGAUAUAGCGUACAUCCCAACGCCAACUGUGUGGUGCGCGUUGGUUGGUUGCCAAUGACCUGUUUUUGUAAUGCCUUCUUCAAAUCGGCUUUACAGAUUCCUCUGGAAUUGGAACUGUUUAGAACUAAUCUACAUGUCCAAGCUAACUGCAAUUCGGUGAAACCCUGUUGAUUGUCUCAUGCCAGGAUUCCGUGCGUGACUAAUAUCGAGUGUGUGUGUGCUGACUGACCAUGCAAGCAAUCUUACUUUUUCAACUCUACUCCAGUGGUUAAUGGGCCGUAGACUGAUCUACAGCAAGGACACUGGGCAUGACAAUAACCCUGGCCCCUCCCCUCCCGAGGUAAAUCCCCACAAUCCCCUAGGAAAUAUCCCAUUGACUACAACACUGGGAGGACACACACUUGUUGGAGCCACACCAAGAUGAAGUGUGUGUGUGUGUGUGUGUGUGUGUGUGUGUGUGUGUGUGUGUGUGUGUGUGUGAAGAGAAGGGUAGAAGAGCUCUCUCUCUGUGUUUGAGAGCUCUGUGAUUGGACUGAUACAGCAGAAGUUAUGGAUGUGGAGAAUUCCUUUGCACAGAUAGUUCCUUUGCCAAAGAAGCUGUAAAAUCUGACCAGGGUCUGUAGAAGUGCCUUGUCGAUCAUUGAAGUGUCUCAAAGGAAUGCACUGCGUAGAAAGGCUCUGAGGAGAGGGGCAGUCAUUUUCAGCCUGCUUUAUCAGCUCUCUGAGAUGCUGUUAUUUGCUAAAAGAGAACUGACAACAAAAGAGUGCAUCUGAAAUGCCACAGCGAGAUUGCUAAUUCUUUGGAGGAAUGAACCAGUCUCCCGGCCCCAUUCAUGGCACUCCUCCAAGUUCACAGGAGACCACCCCGAACCCACAGAGAGCCGCAUAGAACCUCCACCUCCACCUGUGUGGCAGGUCAAACAUGAAGUCAGUGCAUCCACAAAAGACCUUUCCAGCUGCGGGGACCACGACUCGAAUCUACGCCAGUUAUCCAGCCAGUUCAGCUCCGUGGGAAAUAUGGAGAGAGUAGAGCGUCCCUCACACCCCUACCCACCAGGAUGCCUCUCCCCCAGCAGGUACCACCGCAGUGCUGAGCCUCUCCCUGGCAGUGGAGGGUCUGGUGGGAAGAGCGAAUCAGCCUUCAGUUGCCUGUCCUCUACCAGCCCUCCCCCGGAGCCUGCGCUGGCGCUCACCAACACUGCGGCGACUGAGGGCAGCGUGUUCUAUAAGGGGGUCCAGACUCAGACCAGUGAGGUCGGAAGGCAGGGUGAGCAGCGCCACAGCCGGUACCUCCAGCUGCCCCAGGGGGACGGAGGCUCAGAGAGCCCCAGGACAGCCCCAGAGGAGCAGCCUGACUCCCGCUACUCCAGCUCAGGCUCUGGCAGAUCGCACAUAGGCCCUGUGUGGCACGUCCCAGAGAGGAGGAAGGUAGCAGCCCCCCCAUCUCCUCCUCCUCCUCCCCUGCGCAGUGACAGCUUCGCUGCCACCAAGGUGUACCCUGCCUACACAGAGGGGCCUGGAGCUCCACACCACGGCCAGAUGAAGGCCCAAGAACGAGGGUUGGACAGGCUGGCUGAGGCCCCAGAGAACAGCAGCUACAGAGGCCGGGGAAACCAUAUCUCUCACGAUGAGAACGGGCCAGACCCCAGGUGCAGUUACAACCCUCCACCUCACAAGAAAGACUUCCUCCACCCAAACAUAGCAGCAGGAGCACCUGACUACAACCACAACCAGCUCAGCAACCCAAACAAACUGUUCUCGCUGUCUAGCCAGGACGUGAGACAGAGUCAGUCUCCCUUCGCUUGCCUGCCCAACCACCAGCGGCAGUACAGCGACGAAAGCACUUUCUACCUGCAGACCAGAUCCGCCCCACAUCCACCGAAGCCGCAGAGCGUCGGUAGCUACUACCACAGCCUCCAGGAGCUCCCGACCAACCGCAGUAACAGCAGGAACCACGUGAGGUCCUCCACCACGUCCCUGUCCACCUCGACCAUCGACCAGAACUAUGACGGCGGAGGACACAUCCGGUACUACUGCAUCACAACCAAGCAGCCAGGCCAGCCAGAGACCCGUGUUAGACAGAGCAAAUCAGAGGUCUGGAUGGCUGACAUGGAGCUAGCUAAGGGCUCCAACGACAGGGCCUCCACAAGUUCCUCCCACAAGACCAACAAGGUCAAGUAUCCUCCUCAGCCGCCUUACGCCAGCAGCAAGGAGCGGAACGGAAAUGUCAAACCGGCCAACGUUCUGCUUUACGAGCACACAGCCUCUAAUUCCUUAUCCUCAUCUGGUAAACCUACCACUGAGGAGAGGGAGAGGUGGAGUGAGGGCCAGAGACCUUCUACAGAGGCCCAGCUUAGAAGCUCUUACUCUCCCAGUCCGCCCAAGGAACACAAGGCGGCACCGCUGAGAGAAGAAGACCCUUGGCUCUCUCAGGAGAACCAUAAGAUCUCUUCUCAAAAGACACCCAUGCUCCACAGUCUGGCUCAGGAGAGUAGGAGCCUGGUGGAGAAGAAUCACCCUGCUACGGCACCACCACCACCACCCAACGGCGGGGGAGACGCCAACCACGCCAUACAGGAGGCUUUAAUGGACAACACGGCAACGGGCAAACUGGCGAGACGCAGCGACCGAUACGCCACCACCCUCCGCAACGAGAUCCAGCUAAAGAGGGCCCAGCUGCAGAAAAGCCGGAGCGCUGCCACCCUGACCUGCCCCAGCGAGACGGAGGAGAUAGAGGAGGAGACAGACCCGGGGGGGUGGAAGUCCACCUCCUCCGACGGCUCCUUUUCCUCCUCCUACAAGGACCACCUCAAGGAGGCUCAGGCUAGGGUCCUCCAGGCCACGUCCUUUAGGAGGAGAGACCUAGAACCUCCCGGGUCAGGGUCGGAGGCUCAGUUAACCAAACCCAACUCACACAUAGUCUCCCGCAUUGGCGGCCGCAAGCGUUUCCCUCUGAACAAGAGGGUCCACUCGUUCUCCGAGCCAGACAAGAUCAACAAGCUGGGAGUGGAGGGUGAGGGAGAACAUCCUGUUGGAACAGCACGGUCAUUUGUAGACCGGCGGAAGUUCUUUGAAAUGGCUGCUAAACCUGCUUUCUGCAGACCCGACUCAACCAUCCACAAAUCAGGCCAGCAGAGCUCCAGCACCACCUCCAGCACUUUGGAGCACGGAGAGGGCAAGGCCAGAGGGAGAGCCCACUCAGGGGAAACUGAGGAGGGCUGGAGGCCGAGCCUGGCCAGUGAGACCUCCAGUGACCACCACCCAGACCCCCUCAGCCCCGCAGGCAGACAGGCCCUACUGGAGCAGCAGAGGCUGGGGACCUUCACUGAGUACCAGGUCACCUGGAACAUGCAGAGGAAGGCUUCAGACACAAAGCCCCAGGGGAGGUACCACUCUGCUGACAACAUCCUGGACCAGGGAACAGUGGAGACGUCUGUCUGUGUCCACGAGAGGUCCAGAUCUUCUCCCUCACAAGACGUCUACACACAGAUCCCUGUGCCAUGGAGAGACUCUGUUGAAAACGCAAAUCUGGAUCACAGACAGGGCCAGCAAGGAGGCAGUUACACCACCAGAGGGCCGAGCAAGAGCCGAGAGCAGCCAGCCCAGCUCGACCACUUCCCACAGCCUCCACAACCGUCUAUUCCAAGACUGACCGACACAGAGCCACACAGCAGCAGAGACGUGGCCGCCCCCCUCCCUCUCCCUCACCCCUCCGACCACAGAUACAAAUGUGAUUCUGCGGACCCCGCCCACAACCUCCCAGCUCUCCCCCCGUACCCCUCCAACCACACCCACAGCUCUGUGUCUGAGCAACCACUACCACCUCCAACGCUGGCUCCCAAGCCCCAGAAUACAGGCCUCAUCAUCAUGCCACAUUUGCCUCUCCUAGGCCUGGAAACCCCCUCAACCACAUCCUCCACCUACGGACUGUCUUCCCAGGAAUUCCUGCCUGUCCCUCGCACCCAUCAGGCUGACCCAGUAGAUCCAUCAUCCAGCAGCAGCUGCUCUCCCCAUGGCACAGAGCUGGAUCCUGCCCCAAACCAAGCCUGCUCCUUGGGCUCCACCCAGCUUCCCUCUCCAUCCCCUGGGAGAACCGCUGGACUGGACACGGAGGAGGGAGCAGCUGAUUCAACACUAGAGCCGCCACCCUCCUCCUCUUCCCACUCUCCUUUUUUCUCCUACCAGCCUGCCAGUCUGACGGUUCCCUCUUCAUGUGGGACUAGUUCUCCCUCUCCUCAGUUUGCUCCACAGAGGCUGACGGACCAGCCCCCUGUCUCUGUGUCUAUGCAGGAUGAAGCCCAGAGCAGGCCAGAGAACAGGACAAACGCUGUGAUGGAGAUGAGCAGUGUAGGGAAGAAGGUCCCUGUGAAGAUCGUCCAUGCUGAGAGCACCACAGAGAGGGAGAGCCGCCAGUACCUGCUGCACAGUGAGAGAAAUGGGGCCCCUGGAGUUUCAGAGGGGCCCGACUUUCCCCCGCCCCUACCGACCAGCCUGCCCUCCCCUGAGCCGCAGCCCUACUCCCUGUUCCGUGCCUACACCCCCUACACACGCCAUGGGCCCCAGAGUCCCCCCAGGGACCCAACCCUCACUGUAGCCCCAGAAGAGGCCCUGUCCCAUGGGCGGUCUCAGACCAACGGCCCCUCCGGUACCUCCGUCAUGGGUCCCCAGCACCCUCAGAAGAGUAACUCGGAGGAGGAUGUGAAGAGAGAGGAGCUGGCCAGAGACAUCAUGGACAAGGAUAAGUCCCUGGUGGACAUCUUGGACCAGAGUAAGAUGAAGACCACCAUGGACAUGAUGGAGGGGAUCUUCCCCCAGGGGGAGCAGAUCUUGGAUGGGGGGCACCAGAGGAGGAAAAUCUCCCCCAAACAGGGUUUGCCGCCCAGGGGCAUGGAUGACAGAAGAGAGGAGGGGUGCAUGUCUGCUGCUACAGGGUCCCUGGUGACCAGCUCCACCUACUACAGUACAUCUGCCCCCAAGGCUGAGCUGCUCAACAAGAUGAAGGACAUGCAGGAGGACGAGCUGGAGGAGCUGGAGCAAGACUCAGAGGACGAACUGGACAUCGACCUGGCCAGCAAGAAGCAAGAGCUGAUUGACAGCCUGGGUAAGAAGCUGCAGGUGCUGCGCGAGGCCAGGGAGAGCCUUCAGGAGGACGUCCACGAUAACAACUCUCUGGGGGACGAGGUGGAGGCCAUGGUGCAGAGGGUUUGCAAGCCCAACGAGCUGGACAAGUUCAGGAUGUUCGUGGGAGAUCUGGACAAGGUGGUCAGUUUGCUUCUCUCCCUGUCCGGCCGACUGGCCAGGGUGGAGAACGCUCUCAACAGUCUGGAGGAAGACACCACGCCAGAAGAGAAGCGCACCCUGUCAGAGAAGAGGAAGCUGUUGAUCAGACAACACGAAGACGCCAAAGAGCUCAAGGAGAACCUUGACCGGCGGGAGCGUCUGGUUUACAGCAUCAUGGCUGCUCACCUCAGCCACGAGAGCCUGGCAGACUACCAGCACUUUGUCAAGAUGAAGUCAGCCCUCAUCAUCGAGCAGCGCAAGCUAGAGGACAAGAUCAAACUGGGAGAGGAGCAGCUGAAAUGUCUGCUGGAUAGUUUGUUGGAGCAGAGGCUGCUGUUCUGACGAUUGUUAGUGCAAUCCGAGAUCCUUGGGAUGUCCAUACCUUAACCCCUUCCUUAACCCCUACCCUAACCCUAACCUUUCAAAUUCAAUAGGGUGACAUCAGAGUUGGGACGUCCCAAGGGUCUCAUUUCAUCUAUUCCUUCUGACAAUGGCCACACAGUGGUGAUGUGGUGUACUGAUGCAGACUGGCCACUAUAGGGCCUCAGAGAGGCGCUGUUGGACUUGAAUAUGAUGGAGUAUUUUCUGUGUGCUUUGUUGUAGUUGACUGACUGACUUGAAGCCUGUUACAUUUCAGUUCCACAGUACAGACAGGAGCUGUUUUUCUGUGCUGAAGAAACGCCCCGUUUCUGGAUUUAAAGUAGCUCCUUAGAGGAAAGGAAUUAAGAUCGAUGAAACUUGCUUUACUAAAUGUGUUUGAUUCAGGGAUGUUGGUGAGGCCUCACGGUAAGGCCUAUGCUCUCAAAUGAUUCCCAAGACGAGGCGGAGCGUCUCUGUUUUAUAUAAUGUGUGUUUGAAAGAUGUUUUUAGUAAUUUAUUGUAGCCUUUUAAAUAUUUACAGAUGACUUGACAUUUCAGGUAGUUAAUUCCAAUACAAAUGAUAUAUAUUCUUAUUGUGAAGUAUAGGUUUUAUAAUUCGAUCAUUAACAGGGUUUUUCCUCAAUGGGACAGUGCUGCUUUGGUUCAGAAGUCUAAAGUUAUUUUCAUAUUUGCCCAAACAGUACUUACACACACCACUAAAGCUACAGCCCAGAUGUGUAUGUUUUCAACCAACCUUGUUCUCAGGCCCCACUUCCCGUACAAUAGUAUGGUAUUCCUUGACAAUGUUUAUUUCUUACUCAUGUGCUGGGAUUGAUGGUUACUGGUCUUUUUAAUUCCAAAAGUAUAAAAAGGUAAUUAAACGUUUGAAAUCAGUUCUUGGCAGCAGGUAACCUGAUUAUAGAGGUGAGCCAGGAACCAGAGGGUUGCCAGUUCCAAUCCCGUGUCUUGCAGGAAAAAUCUGUCGGGAAGUGAGUUGGUAACCGGAGGGUUGCUGGAAUCAAAUCCUAGAUGCCAUUGUGCCAUUGAGCAAGGCACUUAACCCCCCUCCCCCACAACAACAGCUCCCUGAGUGCCCAGUGUGGCAGACCCCUGCACCACUCCAAAACAUGUAUGACCGAAUUAGCACUUUAUAGUCCCACAAUUCCCCUGUUUAGGGACCUAUCUCAACCUGACGUGCCUGGACGUCUGCCACUGUGAACACUACUUUGUAUAACCAUACAUACAUGCAUUGUACUCUCACAUCAAUUUGAAGACAAUAAACAGUAUGACUGAU